AUGUCGAACAACCUACUCUCGCUGGCCGGCUGGACAUUUCUCCCAAACCUAGUGACAGGCUGGUUACAAUCAGUUUACUACGGUAUAACGAUUCGCGCUGGCGACCCCAAACCACAACCAGGCUCCCCGCGAUACAAUCUCCACCGACGACGUAUCCACAUCCUCGUCGUAUCCUUCUACCUUCUAUACACAAUCUACGAAGCAGACUGGGAAAUCCGCCGUGCAUCCGAUUUCUACCAAGACCUGGGCAUCCCCCAUAAUGCCAGCGAAAGGGACGUCAAAUCGCGCUUCCGCCGCCUGGCAGCCACAUACCACCCCGACAAAGUAUCAUCCUCUUCCCCCGUCGCCGAAAAUUACUUCGUGCAUCUCAAGCUCGCACAAGACACCCUCUUGAACCCCGCGAAACGAUUCGCAUAUGAGCGCUUUGGACCCGGCAUAGAAUCAUGGCAACGCUGCAGCAGCAUCCGGGACUUCGUCAUACAAGGGCUACAAACCAUACUCCCCUACUACGGCUUCGCAGCAAUAUUCAUGUACCUCCUUGGUCUGCUGGGAUACCUGGACUGGGGCAAAUACUGGCGGUGGCUAACACUUAUUGUGCUGUGUGUCUUCGAACUACAUGCGAUCUCGCGCCCAUAUUUCCCAUCGGUCGCCGAAAACUUAAUAAACCCCUUUCUGGCGACAUUUACAACCCAUCCACCCUAUCUACCCUUCCAACUCAUACAGCUCGCCCGAAAAAUGAGCAUCACCCUCUACAUAGCGUUCUCGCAAAUUGGACCGCUCCUCCAGCCGCCUUCACCCAUCCCCGCAAACGCAACCCCAGAAGCAGCGUUAAGGUCCCAGCUCGAUCGCUUGGAAGCUACGUCCAAGGCGGCGGAUGUGGAUGCCUCAAGACUGAUGGGCAUGGAGAUGAGUCCUUUUGUGGGGGAUCAGCAGGCGCUGAAGGAUGUGAAGGGGAAGGUGAAGGAGUGGCUUGUGCAAAACACUAUUCGGGCGGAUCCGGAGGUUAGAGAUGCGCUAGGUAAUUUGCUGAAGAGGAGGAGGGUGGAUGCUCCUGCGGGGGCGAGGGGAAAUAGAUAG